GGGUCCCAUGCCCUUGGGGCGUCUUCCCGUACCAAAACCCAUGAGAGCUGCUCCAGAGCCCCCCUGGGGUGGUGGGGAUGUGGCUUUGUGGGACACCUGGCUGCUAGGCAACUAUGACAGCAUAGAGCUGGCCAAAGCGGUGGAUGCUGCCAUCCUCACAGGUCUCUCCUCACGGGUCUCCCCUCACGGUCUUCCCCUCAGCGCAAGAGCAAGUUGCUUUCCCCCAACUCCCCCCUUCAGGCCUGAAGGUCAAGCUCACAAACUGAAAUAUUUAGGGUCAUUGUGCCAAGAUUCAAGUCCCAGCAGGCAGGAGACAGGGAAGCUCGGUGUUGGGCAUUUCUGAGAGGUUCAGGCAGCCCGGCCAUGGUGGAUUACUGGACAUACUACCUCAGCGGCAUCCUGGCAGACAGGAACGUUGAAGAUGUGGCUAUCGUGGGCCUCUCUGACAAUGAGCACCUGUGGGCGGCCAAGCCAGGAGGUGUCCUUGCAACCAUCUCGCUUCAAGAAGUGGGCUUGAUCACAGGCUGGGAUAGGAAAACGUUCCUGCUAACGGGAAUCACUGUUGCUGGCAAAAACUGCAGUGUGAUUCGUGACAACCUGCUGGUGGAUGGAGACAACGUGAUGGAUGUCAGAAGCAAAGGCAGUGACAGCAGAUCCAUCUGUAUUGGCAAGACCCCCGAAGCCCUGAUCUUCCUGAUGGGCAAGAAGGGAGUCCAUGGAGGAGCCCUCAACCAAAAGGUCCACUGUAUGAUUGUGGGCAUGAAUGCAUGA